UUGGCAGCCCUUAUUGGAAUACCUUUUGUUGUAUUUUUUCUGCACGCCAAAUAACUUUAAUUAAUAACCAUGUGCGACGUUGCAACUGUGCAGAAGAUUGCCCAUUGCCUGGGCGUGAAUCCCGGCAAGGUGCAGCUCAACGAGGAGCAGGUCGUAACCCGCAUCAGUGGCCAAAAGAAGAGCAGCGUGGCGGGAUUCGCCACCAUUCUCGAGAGCCUGGCCCAGGAAUCCAAGUCGGAAACGGCCCAGAACAGCAAGGCAUCGAGGGAGGUAGAGGCACAGGUGUACCAGUGGAUAGAGUUCUCCGUGCUCUAUGUAGCACCCGGCUCCAAGGACAAGCAUGUUUCCAAGCAACUUUUGGCGGACUUUAACAAGCUCUUUGCCAGCAAAUCCUAUUUGGUGGGUCAUUUCAUCACUCUAGCGGAUCUGGCGGUGUAUUAUGCUAUAUACGAUCUUGUGAAAUCCCUCUCUCCUGUGGACAAGGAAGCCUACCUGAACCUCUCCCGCUGGUUUGAUCAUCUCCAAAACCGACCGGACAUCCAUCAGGGCGAACCGCUGCUCAACUUCACCACCAUCUACCUCCAUGGCUGGGCCACAGGCACUCACAUCUAAGACAAGCCAUGCCAUCAUCCAAAAAACGUCACAAAGACUCUUAAGUUAUUUAUUUCUAUUGCAUUUCUCACAAUGUAGUUUUUGUGUGUGUGAUUAUCAUUUAAUGCCAAUGAGAGUUCAGCGUUGGAAUAUGAAAAA